AAGAGCACAUUUGAUUAAAAAAUAUAUGGACAAAUAGUUUGUCUAUGAUGUAAGUUUAGAGCAGUGUUUCUCAACUUCUUUGAUACCGAGGACUGGCUUGCUGCUUUCCUAUAUUUUGUCAAUGAAAUUUCAGGGAGAUAUGCCAUUCCAUUGACUGAUCAUUGAGAAACACUGGAUUAGAGUAUGGCUAAUAGCCAUGGGGCGGUGCCUUUCAAAAGAUCUAAUGUGAUUCUAAUGUCUGCAUGUCUGUUUUUUAAUAAUAAUUAGAUGAAAGGGAAGUGUCUCAAGAUACUAGUAAUGAGAUAAUGGAGUCAUUCACUCCUGAGUUACCAGUUUUGAAUCAAGCCUCAGUAAUGACUAAAAGUUUUACCAUCUGGCUAUUAUAUAAAAUAAGGAUUGGUCCUGCACCAUGGGACAUAGCUAUGUAUCUCAAGGGUGUGAAAAAUCCACACCUGAGAAACAUAGCUAUGCCAUGUAAAAAGGUGCUAUAUCAAUGGAAGAAUUAACCCAUUGUCUUAUUUACAUCUUUCUGGGAGUUGAAUUAUUUAUGCUGAUGGGAGAGCCCCUCUGAUCUCUGUAAGUAGUGCCUAUGCUGAAGUGCUACAGGAGCACAGCUGCAACUACACACAGUGGUAGUUUAAAUUUAGACAUACCCUAAGUUGUUACUUCUGAGCUUUGUUUAAAGUAGAUAGGUGUCCACAUCACAGCUUGGACUAACUGGCAUCUUUGAGCUUUGUCCACAUUUGAUUUUUAAAACAGUUUGCGAUGUGUAGACCAGGUAAAUCAUGGUUUUUAGCUUGUGAUAGCAGAAACAGUGUUUGUUUUGUGAACUUGUCAAAUUCCUGUUUGACUGUGAUCUUGUGAAGAGUCCUAUAUCAAGUCAAUUGGCAACUGUGCAUCAGUUGGUGGUAUAUUGGAGGGGCUUGUUCUCACUACAGGUUGUACCUCCCUUGUCCUGCCCCUUUGGGACCUGGCAGGUCCUGAACAAAGGGAUUUGCUGAAUGAGGGAAGACCCUCCUAACACAGCCUGCGUUGCACCUGCCUAGGACUCCAGCCAAGCCCUGGAGUCUCUGGGGCUGCUGAGGCUCCUAGGACUCUGUGGCCACUGCCAGCCCCCCACUAGUGCCCAGCAGCAGAGGCCAGAACUCCGUCUCUCAACAUGGGGCUCCUGGCUGAGUCACACCUCUCCCAUCCCCCUCUGCUCCUGCCCUGUGGCCCAACCUCCUUAUAGCUGGAAUCCAUGUCCAGGAAUGUCUGUGGUCCUGCUGGACUACAGAGUCCUGGUUAAGGGGGGUACAACCUGUAGUGCAACUUGUAUUGCGUGUGUCUAUUAGAUAAGUAGAGUGUUGCCAUCUCUUUGGUUUUCAAGCCAGCAUCUGGUACAGUCAUGGAAAACAAAGUUCAGUAUAAAUAAUGUGUCUUUUUAAUGUAAAUUAACAUUUGCCUUGUGUUUUUGGAAAUCUAGAGACUAGUUUGGACAAUGGAACUAAGGAGAGUACUGAAAAGCAAGUAAAUAGCUUAAAUAAGUAAACUGAAAUAAAUUUAACUAUUCCUCUCAGUAGCUAAAAAGCCCUGUAAGAUCAUACUUAAGCAGUUUUUUCCAAUGCACACAUCCAAGAAGCUGUAAUCAAAAUGGUCAUGCCAUCUUUUUCUGGUUCAUUGCUAUGCCCGUGAUGCGUGUGUUCUGAAAAGAUGUAUAAUUAGAAUCCUGAGUGUGAAAUCAUAAUAACAAUGUGAUAUCAGCUUUCAGCACUGCUGUCACAUUGCUACCACACAUGUACUACAAACUGGCAUGAUACAAGCACCGAAUGUCGUUGGUGUGGAUGACUACAGCUCAGAGUCUGAUGUGAUUAUUAUACCUUCAGCCCUGGACUUUGUCUCACAAGAUGAAAUGUUGACGCCUUUGGGAAGACUGGACAAGUACGCUGCAAGUGAGAACAUAUUUAACAGGCAAAUGGUGGCGCGAAGUUUGCUGGACACUUUGAAGGAAGUCAGCGAUGAUGAGAGAGAUUGUAUUGCUGUGCUGGAAAGAAUCAGCAGAUUAGCUGAUGAUUCAGAGCCAACUGUGCGAGCAGAACUGAUGGAACAGGUGCCUCAUAUCGCUAUAUUUUGUCAAGAAAACAGGCCUUCAAUACCAUAUGCUUUUUCCAAAUACUUAUUGCCUAUUGUGGUAAGAUACCUCGCAGACCAGAAUAACCAGGUGAGAAAAACAAGCCAGGCAGCAUUGCUGGUUCUGUUAGAGCAAGAACUUAUUGAGAGAUAUGAUGUAGAGACCAAAGUUUGCCCUGUUCUUAUAGAACUGACUGCACCAGACAGCAAUGAUGAUGUGAAGACAGAGGCUGUGGCUAUAAUGUGCAAAAUGGCCUCCAUGGUGGGGAAAGACAUCACAGAAAGACUCAUUCUUCCUAGGUUUUGUGAGAUGUGCUGUGAUUGCAGAAUGUUUCAUGUUCGUAAGGUAUGUGCAGCCAAUUUUGGAGAUAUCUGCAGUGUGGUUGGACAGCAAGCCACUGAAGAAAUGCUUCUACCAAGAUUUUUCCAGCUCUGUUCUGAUAAUGUUUGGGGAGUUCGGAAGGCUUGUGCCGAAUGCUUUAUGGCAGUUUCAUGUGCAACAUCUCAGGAGGUCCGGCGGACAAAACUGUCAACUCUUUUUAUCAAUCUAAUCAGUGACCCUUCACGAUGGGUCCGCCAAGCUGCCUUUCAGUCUCUGGGGCCUUUCAUAUCAACUUUUGCUAACCCAUCCAGCAGUGGCCACUUUUUUAAAGAAGAAGAAAGUAAGAAUGCCGAAGAUCAUAAAUCUGCAGAGGAAAAUAGUGAAAAGAUGAGGGAUACAGAAGAUGUCACAACAGAGAAUUUACAUAACAGGACAGAGAAGCCGCCUUCAGAUACUGAUAUUAGUGGUAUUACAAUAAAACUUGAAAACACCAUAGAAGAGGAUAACUCUGUGCCAAGUAAAUCUCAGAGUGAAAUUGAUUACCAGGCUGAGAUGUUUUUAUGUUGCACUUUGUCUUCAGAAUCUUAUGGGGAAAUGGCUAAGGAGAAUGAGCAAAAUUCUAGCUUUUGUAGUAUAGCAACGCUUCAGGCGUCUAGGUUGAGGCCCCAGGACACCUCCCUCUCAGAACAGGAAUUAUACAACUCUUUCCAUUUCUGGAGGACUCCACUUCCUGAAAUAGACAUUGAUUUAGAGCUUCAGCAAACUGAUCAGAUAAUGCCCAACUCAGAAAUUCAGGAAGGAACAAAAGACGUGACCGUGCCAUCUUCUUCAAACAUUACUAUGGCCACAAGGAAGGAGCUGGAAGAAAUGAUAGAAAAUCUAGAACCUCAUAUUGAUGAUCCUGAUGUUAAAGCACAAGUGGAGGUGUUGUCUGCUGCACUGCGAGCCUCCAGUUUGGACUCUCAGGAGGAGAUGAUGGCAGGCAAGGGAAUAGACUCACAAAAUGAACCGAGCAUCAAAGACCAACUAAAUUAUAAACUAAUUCAGGAUGAUACUGUGCCUUUAAUUAGCGACACGGUUGAGAACAUAGAUUCCACUCUCCGCUAUAUUCAUAAUGAUUCAGACUUGAGCACCAAUAGUAGUUUCAGCCCUGAAGAGGAAAGAAAGUCCAAAGUACAGGAUGUUGUACCUCAAGCCUUGUUGGAUCAGUAUUUAUCCAUGACUGAUCCUUCUCGUGCACAAACGGUUGAUACUGAGAUUGCUAAACAUUGUGCAUAUAGCCUUCCAGGUGUGGCACUUACCUUAGGUAGACAGAACUGGCACUGUUUGAAAGAUACCUAUGAGACACUAGCAUCUGACAUGCAGUGGAAAGUUCGAAGGACAUUAGCUUUCUCUAUACAUGAGCUUGCAGUUAUCUUGGGAGACCAACUCACAGCUGGAGACUUGGUUCCAGUCUUCAACGGGUUUUUAAAGGACCUAGAUGAAGUCAGGAUAGGUGUCCUUAAACACUUACAUGAUUUUCUAAAGCUUCUUCAUCUUGACAAAAGACGAGAAUAUCUUUAUCAGCUCCAGGAAUUCUUUUCAAGGUUAUGGAUACCCUUUUCAUUUUUGAUCUGCUGUGUUAUGAUUUGUUCUUUUUUUAGGCAGCUGAUCUUGCUUCUAGAGCUAUAUAGUGCCAGAGAUGUCUAUGACUAUUUGCGACCUAUUGCCCUCAGCCUCUGUGCAGAUAAGGUUUCCUCUGUUCGAUGGAUUUCCUACAAGCUGGUUAGUGAAAUGAUAAAGAAGCUGCAUAUGGCUUCAACAUCAACUUUUGUGGUAGACCUCAUGACUGAGCUUGUUGAAAAAUUCUGUAAAUGCCCAAAGUGGUCCGGUCGGCAAACAUUUGUCUUUAUCUGCCAGACUAUCAUCGAAGAUGACUGCCUUCCAAUGGACCAAUUUGCUAUGCACCUGCUGCCUCAUUUACUACACUUGGCAUCCGAUAGGGUUCCAAAUGUUAGAGUACUUCUUGCAAAGACAUUAAGGCAAAACCUGUUAGAGAAAGAAUAUUUUCUGAAUUCUGCCAGCUCUCAUCAAGAAGCUGUGGAACAAAUAAUUGUGGCCCUUCAAAUGGAUGAUGACAGUGAUGUCAAAUAUUUUGCAAGCAUACACCCUGCCAGUACCAAAAUUGCAGAUGAUGCCAUGAGCACUGCUUCAUCGACUUAUUAAAAGAAGUUCCUGAAUGUUACUAUAAUUUUAAUAAAAAACAAACAAAACACAAACUAUCCUCAAAUGCUCCUGAAAUGGAUGGUUUAGGACAAACUCUUCUGAAAGAGAGAUCUCUUGCCAGACUUAACUACGGGUGAAUGUUAUCUAAACCUGAUACCAGGGAUUUUAAGAGUCAAGAAAAAGUAAACGUUACCUAUCUCAUCUUGACUUAGAAAAACAUUGCUCAGAGGAUUAUAUUUGCCACUGAAGCCUUAAAUCUUCUGUCUUCCUGAACACAUGAAACUUGAAUUGGCAGAGCAUGUUCAAUGUAUAAGGGAUGUAAUUUCCUGAGACCUGCAUUAUUUCUCCUGAGGAGUUAACUUAGCAAGUUUUUUUUCCUGAGCAACCGAUAGUUGAAAUUCUUACAGACAGAGGCAGAUUUAUACCAAGGUGUAAGACCUCCAGUAUUAGCUAUAAACGUUUUUAUCCAUGCAAAGAACCUGAUUGUGUGCAGCGGGGCACAUUAUUAAGUGUGAAUAGUUUUGAUGUGUGUAAAUGGGGAACAGUAGAGAUUUGGAUUUCUCUUAAGGGCUCAGUGGUAACACUAAACUAGAAUCUGAUUUUAAUGUUUAAAUGCAGCAUAUUGCUGUACCCAUUAGCAGAAAACUUUGCUGAGUACCUGUGUCCUAAUUAUUUUCAUGCUGGUCAUGACCUGAAGAAAAUUUAUUAGCACAUGUACUUUAAGUCAGGUAUUUUUAACUUGAUCAUGGUCAGCUCUGAGGUGCAACUUUUUCUUCAUAAUUGUACAUAUCUGUGACCACUCUUGGGAGUGCAGUCUUUAAUCAUGUUGUUUAAAAAUGUUGUGAUACAGGUUGUUCUCUACUUGUCCAAAUAAAAUUUAUUAAUAAGAUUGAAUACGUUGUGACCUUUUAAAGACAUUAAAGAAAACAUUUGAAAUGAC